AUGGCAGCCGAUUACGCUUACUUCGUUCAGAUGGAUAUUCCGGCCGAUUGGGAGGCCGAGUUCAACCGUGUGUACGACACCGAGCACGCCAAGUACCUGUGCCAGGCGCCGGGCGUGCAUACCUGCAACCGGUAUGCACUGGAGUCGAGCAACGCCAACCAGUUCGCCAAGUAUGCCGCCCUUUACGCCAUCGACGAACCUGGGGUUCCUUACUCCGAGGGUUGGCGCGUCGAAGGCGAGAAAGGCGAUUGGGCGACCAAGAUCCGGCCCCACGCCACCAAUCGCACCCACACCAUGCUGAAGCGGACCUCCGACGCGGGCGACGCAACUGCCGAGGCGCCCUACAUCUUCAUCGUGCGCACCGACAUCCCGGCCGACGACGAGGACCAGUUCAACCAUCUCUACGAUACCGUCCACCUGCCCGGCCUGUGCGAGGUCAGCGGUGUCCUGGGCGCCACGCGAUACCGGGUGGAGGCCACCAACGCGGACGGUUUCCCGAAGUACGCCGCCGUGUAUCAGAUCGAGAGUCCGUCAGUGCUGGAGUCCGAUCCCUGGAAGGCCGCGGCCCAGGACGAAUGGGCGGCCAAAGUCAGCCACAAGUGCGUCGGCCUGACACGCGCUGUUAUGCGGCAGGUGGCGCGGCAUCCGCAGGGCUGA